GGCAAAAGGGCUGGAGCUGGAGCGCGUUUAUUAUUUACAACACAUAUACUACUUGGUUUUUUUUGUUAUCAUACGAACGAAAGUUACCGAAACGCAAUUGGACGCACUAUCGAUUGGUUUGCGUUGCGAACAUGGCCAGUCGUGUAUCCUGCCUGAAAGCCAUACUUAUCGCACUGAAUGUGCUGCUAUCGCUGGUUGGCGUCACAUUGAUUGCACUGUCCCUAUACGAGCUGAACAACGUCACGCCGGGCAGCUUUCAGCAUAUCGCCAUCGUGGUGCAGAUAUUUGUGGGCUCUUUUGUGGUGCUCAGCUCCUUGCUGGGCUGCUUUGCGGGCGCGCGCAUUUCGCUGGGACUCAUUUGGAGCUUUGUCAGCUGCAUGCUGAUAUUGAUCGGCUUGCAAAUCUAUAUAAUUGCGGCUGCCCAUCUCACGGACUAUGUGGAACGGGCACGUGCGGAUUUCCUAGCUCUCUGGUCAGAUCAGCGACGCAACGUGGAACGCAUUAGUUAUCUGGAGCAGAAGUACACAUGCUGUGGCCAAAGCGGGCCACAGGACUAUAUACUCCAGGGGUCCGGUUUUCCGCUCAGCUGCUAUGGCCAUAAGGAACGGGUGCAGAGUCAACUCUUCAGCGGCGGCUGCUUGGACGCUGUGCAGGCACAUGCCACAGACAAUGUCAUUAACGGGCUGAUCAUCAAGUGGUUGCUGUUUAUGCUCGAGCUUUGCGCUCUGGGCACAGCCACCCACCUGGGCAUCACCGUGCGCAAUAAACUGCGGCGCGAGCGUUUCUGAAAGAUGUGCCCCACCCCCCAUUUAAUCAAUAGCUCGUAAUGCAAUUGAAACUUAAACGUAGCAUCUAUAAGUGUUGGCAUUUUACACAUGAUAAAU